CCGGAAGUGCAAUCUGGCGGUAGCGCCGGGCUGCGGUAGGCGCGAGAACGCGCGGGGCGGCGCGGGUCCGGGUAUGAAGCUGGGCCGGGCCGCGCUGGGCCUGCUGCUGCUGGCGCCGUGGGCGGUGCGGGCGGUGGAGCCCAUCAGCCUGGGACUGGCCCUGGCCGGCGUCCUCACCGGCUACAUCUCCUACCCGCGCCUCUACUGCCUGUUCGCCGAGUGCUGCAGCCAGAAGCAGAGCCUCAGCCGGGAAGCGCUGCAGAAGGAUCUGGACAGCAAGCUCUUCGGACAGCAUCUGGCAAAGAAAGUCAUCUUAAAUGCUGUGUCUGGCUUCAUAAGCAACCCGAAGCCCAAGAAACCUCUCACCCUCUCCCUGCACGGGUGGACGGGCACCGGCAAAAAUUUUGUCAGCAAGAUCAUCGCAGAGAAUAUUUACGAGGGUGGUCUGCACAGUGACUAUGUCCACCUGUUUGUGGCCACGCUGCACUUCCCGCACAUCGCCAACAUCACCCUGUAUAAGGAUCAGUUACAGUCAUGGAUUCGCGGCAACGUGAGUGCCUGUGCGAGGUCCAUCUUCAUAUUUGAUGAAAUGGACAAGAUGCACGCCGGCCUCAUAGAUGCUAUCAAGCCUUAUCUAGACUAUUAUGACAACCUGGAUGGGGUCUCCUAUCAGAAAGCCAUCUUCAUAUUUCUCAGCAAUGCUGGAGCAGAAAGGAUCACAGAUGUGGCUUUAGAUUUCUGGAGAAGUGGAAAGCAGAGGGAAGAAAUCAAGCUCAAAGACAUGGAGCACGCUUUGUCUGUGUCGGCCUUCAAUAACAAGAACAGUGGCUUCUGGCACAGCAGCUUAAUUGACCGAAAUCUUAUUGAUUAUUUUGUUCCCUUCCUCCCCCUGGAAUAUAAACACCUAAAAAUGUGCAUCCGAGUCGAAAUGCAGUCCCGAGGCUACGAAGUUGAUGAGGACAUUGUAAGCAGAGUGGCCGAGGAGAUGACAUUUUUCCCCAAAGAGGAGAGAGUUUUCUCUGACAAAGGCUGCAAAACUGUGUUCACCAAGUUAGACUAUUACUAUGAUGACUGAUGGCGCCAGCGCUGUGGCUUCCCGCAUCCCCGCUCCGGUCCCGGAAGAGGGUUGAGAUGAAUUCUUCCUGUGUGACAGGGCAGGCGUUUUCCUGGGCAUCAUUUUUAUCCAACAGAGGCUGUGGGCCGUCAGUGACAGAUCCCAGAUGGAAACAGCCCCAGAGCCUGCAGAAGGGGGAGGAGCCAGCCCCCAGCCCAACCGUGCCAGGGCUCAUGAUUUUCUAAAAAUCAUGUUUUAAUUUCAAGUGUUUCUGUUUCAAGGAAGGAUGAAUCAGUUUUACUGAAAAUGUGGUAAUUUUAUUUAAAAUGGUUUUUAACAUUAUGAAGAAACUUCACUCUUAA